UUACUAGAACAUUCUUUCAAAAAAUUUAAACGGAUCAAAGUUUAAAUCUUUUAUUAUUUUGCAAUUCCUGAUAAAAAUUUCUUUCAAACAUGAGCAAACCUAAAGUAUUGAUGACUAGAGUAGAUAUACCUUCAGAAGCUAUUGAAAAAGUGAAGGAGAAAUGUGAUGUCGAAAUUUAUGAGAAAGAGAAUCCAAUUUCCAAAGAUGAACUCAUAAAAAUGGUUGCUGGGAAAGACGGCCUUUACUGUUUGCUAACGGAUCCUGUUGAUAAAGAUGUUAUAGAAGCAGCAGGAAAACAGCUCAAAGUGAUUGCCACUAUGUCUGUUGGCUAUGAACACAUUGAUCUGAAAGAGUGUGUGAAAAGGAAAAUCCAAGUGAGUAACACACCAGAUGUUUCAUCUGAUUCAGUGGCAGAGUGGACCGUCAUGCUAAUGUUAUGUGCCGGACGUAAUUUUAUGGACGCUGCGACCGUGAUAAAAAGGGGAGAAUGGAUUCAUUCUUGGCGACCUAUGUGGCUUUGCGGAAUAGGCUUGCUAGAUGCAACUGUUGGAAUUGUUGGGAUGGGAAGAAUAGGGCAAGGAGUGAUGAAAAGGAUUUUGCCAUUUGGUGUGAAAAAGGUUCUGUAUUUCGACGUAUUUCAUCCAAUUAAACCAGCUGAAGAAAUGGGAGCAAAAUAUGUCGAAUUACAAGAAUUACUUCAAAAUUCGGAUUUCGUUGUGUCCAUGUGCAACUUAACUGACGAAACAAAAAACCUAUUCAAUAAGAGCGCCUUUGAUAAGAUGAAGCCUGAUGCAGUAUUUAUCAACACGAGCAGAGGUGGAGUAGUGAAUCAGGACGAUCUGUAUGAUGCUUUGAAGAACAAGAAAAUACGGGGAGCUGCUUUAGACGUGACACUACCAGAACCAUUGCCCGCAGACCACAAGCUGACCACUCUUCCAAAUAUAAUUAUUACGCCCCAUGUCGCCAGUGCAGAGACGAACGUCAGAAUAAAAAUGGGAAACUUGGCUGCUGAAAAUAUUUUGCUCGGUGUGAAAGGGGAGCCUUUGAAGACACCUGUACCCAUGCCCAAAUAAUUUCAAAUUGAAUGUACUGAAAGAUUUUUUUAAGUUAAUGUAACAAUCAUUUAAAUAAAAUGUAAUUAAAAGCAAUUUACAGCACAA